UGUCAGGUCCUUUCGCCUUUUGUUCGGUUACUGAGUUGCUGCUGUGGCCAGAGUCCGGAGCUGCCUCCGCCCGAGCGCGCCGAGCUCAGUCCGCUGCCCGUGCCGGCCUCCGCCCCCUCCCCCGGCCCGACCAGCUUCCACGCGCAGGCAGCAGCCACCAUGGAGGUGAUGAACCUGAUGGAACAGCCCAUCAAGGUGACGGAGUGGCAGCAGACGUACACCUACGACUCGGGCAUCCACUCGGGUGCCAACACCUGCGUGCCCUCGGUCAGCAGCAAGGGCAUCAUGGAGGAGGAUGAAACCUGUGGGCGGCAGUACACACUCAAGAAGACCACCACCUACACUCAGGGCGUGCCUCAGAGCCAAGCUCAGUCCCUAUGUCAUGUGCCCCUAGGUGACCUGGAAUACCAGAUGUCCACAACAGCCAGAGCCAAGCGGGUCCGGGAGGCCAUGUGCCCAGGUGUGACAGGCGAGGACAGCUCACUGCUGCUGGCCACCCAGGUGGACGGACAGACCACCAACCUGCAACGACUGGCUGAGCCAUCCCAGCUACUCAAGUCCGCCAUUGUGCAUCUCAUCAACUACCAGGACGAUGCCGAGCUGGCCACCCGGGCUCUGCCCGAGCUCACCAAACUGCUCAACGAUGAGGACCCGGUGGUGGUGACCAAGGCGGCCAUGAUUGUGAACCAACUGUCCAAGAAGGAGGCAUCGCGGAAGGCCUUGAUGGGCUCGCCGCAGCUGGUGGCCGCUGUGGUGCGCACCAUGCAGAACACCAGCGACCUGGACACGGCCCGCUGUACCACCAGCAUCCUGCACAACCUCUCGCACCAUCGAGAGGGGCUGCUUGCCAUCUUCAAGUCCGGUGGCAUCCCAGCCUUGGUCCGCAUGCUCAGCUCCCCGGUAGAGUCUGUCCUGUUCUAUGCCAUCACCACGCUGCACAACCUGCUGCUGUACCAGGAGGGCGCCAAGAUGGCGGUGCGCCUGGCAGACGGCUUGCAGAAGAUGGUGCCCCUGCUCAACAAGAACAACCCCAAGUUCCUGGCCAUCACCACCGACUGCCUGCAGCUCCUGGCCUACGGCAACCAGGAGAGCAAGUUGAUCAUCCUGGCCAACGGAGGGCCCCAGGCGCUGGUGCAGAUCAUGCGGAACUACAGCUAUGAGAAGCUGCUUUGGACCACGAGCCGCGUGCUCAAGGUGCUCUCCGUGUGUCCCAGCAACAAGCCUGCCAUCGUGGAGGCCGGUGGGAUGCAGGCUCUGGGCAAACACCUGACAAGCAACAGCCCCCGCCUGGUGCAGAACUGCCUGUGGACUCUGCGCAAUCUGUCGGACGUGGCCACCAAGCAGGAGGGCCUGGAGAGCGUGCUGAAGAUCCUGGUCAAUCAGCUGAGUGUGGAUGAUGUCAACGUCCUCACCUGUGCCACGGGUACCCUCUCCAACCUGACCUGCAACAACAGCAAGAACAAGACCCUGGUGACCCAGAACAGCGGUGUGGAGGCGCUCAUCCACGCCAUCCUGCGUGCCGGCGACAAGGACGACAUCACGGAGCCUGCCGUCUGUGCCCUACGCCACCUCACCAGCCGCCACCCCGAGGCUGAGAUGGCCCAAAACUCUGUGCGCCUGAACUAUGGCAUCCCGGCCAUUGUCAAGUUGCUCAACCAGCCCAACCAGUGGCCACUGGUCAAGGCAACCAUCGGCCUGAUCCGAAAUUUGGCCCUGUGCCCAGCCAACCAUGCCCCACUGCAGGAGGCAGCGGUCAUUCCCCGCCUCGUCCAGCUGUUGGUCAAGGCCCACCAGGAUGCCCAGCGCCAUGUGGCAGCAGGAACCCAACAGCCCUAUACGGACGGUGUGAGGAUGGAGGAGAUCGUGGAGGGCUGCACUGGAGCCCUGCACAUCCUUGCCCGGGAUCCCAUGAACCGCAUGGAGAUCUUCCGGCUCAACACCAUCCCCCUGUUUGUACAGCUCCUGUACUCGUCAGUGGAAAACAUCCAGCGUGUGGCUGCCGGGGUUCUGUGUGAACUGGCCCAGGACAAGGAGGCGGCGGAUGCCAUCGAUGCUGAGGGAGCCUCGGCCCCGCUCAUGGAGCUGCUGCACUCCCGCAACGAGGGCACCGCCACCUACGCCGCCGCCGUCCUGUUCCGCAUCUCCGAGGACAAGAACCCAGAUUACCGUAAGCGGGUGUCUGUGGAACUCACCAACUCGCUGUUCAAGCACGACCCCGCCGCUUGGGAGGCUGCCCAGAGCAUGAUCCCCAUCAACGAGCCCUACGCAGAUGACAUGGAUGCUACUUACCGCCCCAUGUACUCCAGCGAUGUGCCCAUGGACCCCCUGGAUAUGCACAUGGACAUGGAUGGGGACUACCCCAUGGAUACCUACAGUGAUGGCCUCAGGCCCCCCUACCCCACCGCCGACCACAUGCUGGCUUAGCGGGCUGCACCCCAGCGCAGUUCCUCACCUGGGAGGCGGUGAGACAAGACAGAAAAGUGCCUGAGGUGUGCCCCGACUUCCUGCUGAACUUGCGCCUCCAGAGGUCCUCUGUAGGGUUUCUUGGGGUGGUGGUCUGCUCUUGCUUUUCUGUCCUGGCCUGUGGGUCCAGGACCAACACUCCCUCCCUGCCCCCAUGGCUCUGGUCACUGAAGCUUCAUACUCAGCCACCCGCUGGUCUCCCCCUCCACACGUACCCAGUCACCUUCCCUGUCUGUCCAUCUCCAGCAACCUGGACCCCACAAGACUUUGGUUUCUUCUGGGGCUGAUUUUUCUCACUGAACUCCAGUAGCCACUUGUUCUGAAUCCUUGGGGAGUCCAGGAAGGCUUCCCCCCCAACCGAAAACCCUGACAGCCAAAGCUUAUCUCAAAAACUUCAGGGACCUUCCAGGGGAGCCUGGCAGAGAUAUUGGAGGGACAGUCUUGGCUCCAGAAACCUGACUCUCUCCUCUGCCUCUGCACCGUGCUCAAUCGCUGUGCCCCUCUGGUGGGGGGGGGCUCCCUCCCGCCCUGCCCCACACUGGCCCAACUGACCCACAGAAGUGCUCUUGCUGACCCCUCUGGUGUGCGGUGAGGGGCUUUGCUUCCCCUUCCUGUUUCAGAUCCCCCCCCCCCCAUUGGCAGCCACAGAGGGUGCCGAGGGAAGGGGGCGAGGCUCCGCAGAGUUGUAUUAUGACCGCUUUAUGUUUUUGGUUAUUGGUUGUUGUUGUUUUCUUUUUGUAUAGACCAAAGCAAAGAAAAUAAAAAUAACACACAGAUACAA